UCCCUCCUCCUCCACACUGCCGGCGCCGGAGCUGGAAUUGCUGCCCACUGCCGCACCCACCUCCUACGCCAAUGGGUUCCAAUCCACGCAACCAAACUCAACCCCCUCUCUCUACGCUGCAACACAUCCUCCUCUCCCACUGCUGUAGGAGGUGUAAGAGCUCAGGUUGCAACUGAGGCGGAAGCAGGAACUCCAGCUAGCCAGAAUGCGGAAGCGCCCGUUGUAGUGGUCACCGGAGCUUCCAGAGGCAUCGGUCGAGCAAUUGCUCUCUCCUUGGGUAAAUCUGGUUGCAAGGUGCUGGUCAACUACGCAAGGUCAUCCAAGGAAGCCGAGGAGGUUUCCAAGCAGAUCCAGGAAUUCGGUGGACAAGCUCUUACAUUUGGUGGAGAUGUUUCCAAUGAGGCUGAUGUGGAGUCUAUGAUUAAAACUGCUGUUGAUACUUGGGGAACAGUUGACGUGUUGGUAAAUAAUGCAGGAAUUACUCGAGAUGGCUUGUUGAUGCGGAUGAAGAAAUCACAAUGGCAGGAGGUUAUUGAUCUAAAUCUCACUGGUGUUUUUCUUUGCACCCAGGCAGCAGCUAAAAUUAUGAUGAAGAAGAAGAAGGGAAGGAUAAUCAAUAUUGCAUCAGUUGUUGGUUUGGUUGGGAAUGUUGGACAAGCCAAUUAUAGUGCUGCAAAAGCAGGAGUAAUUGGCCUGACAAAAACAGUUGCAAAGGAAUAUGCUAGCAGAAGCCUCACUGUUAAUGCAGUUGCCCCAGGGUUUAUUGCAUCUGACAUGACUGCCAAGCUAAGCGAAGACAUUGAGAAAAAGAUUCUGGAGACAAUUCCUUUAGGGAGAUAUGGCCAACCAGAAGAAGUUGCUGGACUUGUGGAAUUCUUGGCCCUCAAUCCUUCUGCUAGUUACAUCACUGGCCAGGUGUUCACUAUUGAUGGAGGCAUGGUGAUGUAAGUCAGUAAUAUGCUUCCUUUAGCAACUUGAGUUCUACGCGUAAAGUUCAUACCAAUAGGCAAUAGCCACAGAAAUUCAACUUCUUUCAUAUGGUGAUAGUUCAUUGUAUGCUGAUUUUUGCUCCAGUGUUAUACUUGGUGACUUAAUCCUAUCAUUUUUGUUUAGCUAUUAAAAGGCUUCUAAUUCGGAUGAA